GUAAAGCCAUUGGCCUCCACCUACCAACUCUUCCCUCAACCUCAUCCCUUCAAACCACAAUGACGCAACUCAACGAAAAUGACAAAAUGGAACUCCAGGUUGCCCUUGGCCCUUUAGGCACCGGCAUUUACUACCUCUGGAACGCAUUCGCCCCCUCCUCCGCCUCAUGGCACCUCACCGGGAAAGAGACCGCGGGAUCCGCGCUGUCGAACUGGUGUCUUGCGCACAACUCCGCCGGCGACCUCGUCUGGCUGAACACGCAGGGCUACCACGAGGGGUACUUUGUGGCGCACAGCGCCCCCGGCGGGGCGCAUUUCGUGUGGGCCGAGUUUGCGGUCAAGGCGCAAGAGCACGAGGGCCGGUACAUGGUACUUGAGCGGGGGUCCAUCCAGAGCAUGGGAGUCAAUGCGCCGUGUACCAACGAACACAUGGUGGAGUUUGCGCGGCGCUGGAACGGGUAUGAGGUGACGGGUGAUGAGAAGGAGUACUUUAUGGGGUUGAUUCAGGCGGCGACGCAGAAGCGCGAUGAAAUCGCUAGUCAGUAA